AUGGAAAAGGAUUCUGAGGUUGACUUUGAAGACUUCUUCCGCAGUAGUAUGGAGACAAAUAAAGAAGCAGAUGAGGGCUGGAGCUGCUCUAACUCUGAGGUUCUUAUGCCUGGCUCUGACGGUGAUGACUGUGAAAGAAGUGGAUUUAUUGAGGAUUCUGAGAACAACGAAACAGACUGUGGGCUUGGAUCUGACUUUGGAGACAGUGCUGAUGUGUCUAUGAUGGAUGGGAGUGAGUCUGAUGUUGAGGACGGCUUUUUAGAAGAUGAUGCAAGCCAGGACGAGAAUAGCAGCAAUGUAUAUGAUGCAAGCGAAAGAAUAACUAAGAAAGAGUCAGCUGCCUGUGGUGAUGAGUCGCUACACUUUAGUAGAAUAGAUCUGGAUCGCAAGUGUGAUGAGAUGAUGUUUUCUGGGUUUACGACGGGAUCUAUGAAGAGAAUUGAUGUUAGAAAAGAAAGCGUAGAUGCAGUGCGUAUGGUGUUCAGCCAAGACUGUUGCAACGCCAAUGAAGUAGCAAUCAACAAAAUUGACUCUGACCGUCAUGAGCAGGAGAAAGAAGGAUAUGAUGAAGGAUGCAAACUUACGGAUGUCUAUGAGGAGAUAAAGGCAAGAUUCAGUAAAGAGGAUGAGAAUCGAGUUUUUGUGCAGUUCAAGUGGUCCUGGAUAUAUUUUUUCAUGCAAGGCAAGAAGACGGAUUUUGCAGCAUUAACUGACAUGGUAGAAGAUCAGAUGAGGAUCCGCCUUGACAAUGAAUAUUCUAUUCUGAGAAGAAUGGUUGAAGGAGAUGAGCCGUCGUGGAGAUACAUGGUUGUUAUUGUGAUAGGCAUUGACGAUUACUGUAUUGAGAUCUUUGAUGGGACGUAUAGCGUGCAUGCGAUGUGUGAUGAAGCACUGAAGCAAAGGAUAUUGAAUGGGGAGAUUUAUGCAGGAUCAAGACUGCGGGUUUUUGGAGCGGAGUUGGUGCGUGAGCCGGGGUCGAUCUUUGAGGUUUCCGGCGCAUCACUGAUGUUGCAUUCGAAUGGAGUCCAGGCGGUUUUUUUGAAGCGUAAGCUUGGAUUUAAGAAGAAAGUAUGCUUCAGAAUGAGGAUAUGCGAUGUUGAUGCAGAUGGAGGCACAAUUAGUUGUAUUCAGGGUCGUGUUACUGAAGUGAUUGAAACAAAGUAUAGAGUGAGGGUGGAGAACUAUAGCGGCGUUACGGAUGAUAUUGAGCCUGAGCUUGACAAGAUACAGGAGCUGGCAAGGAAAGCGGAGCGGGUGUUUUGCUCGACAGACUUGAAAAUCAAUGCAUACACGAAGUUUGUUGUUAAGGAUGAGAGUGGAGAGUGCACAGUGACAUGGUGGAAUCCUAAGUUUGGUAUUGAAGAAGGCCAAACGCUUAGAAUGGUGUAUUUGACACCACUGAUGAAAGGAAAAGCCAAGAAGAAAUGCUUUACUAGUACCAGAAGAACCUAUGUCCAAGUAGUAAAAAAUGCAAGUGGGAAAAAGAUUAAGCUUGAAAGUUAA